GGUAGUUUAAAAUCCAAACAGCACAACAAGAGCCGGGAGAGAAGGGAAGCGGUUAUCCUUAACGACACUGUGUUUCUGGAUGUUCCCGGGCGGCGCUGAUCAUUCAGCAUGCUGAGCAGGAAGGGCUCUUGUACGGGGAUGUUGAGCGCAGCAGCCGUAGUGGACCGCAGCAGGGUCGGAGAGAGGCUGCAGGCUGCUCUGGCAGGGCUGCACGAGCUGCAGCUUCUCCGGGACAGACAGAGCGAUAUGGUGAACUGGGCGCUGAGAGUCGACCAAGAGGAACCGGUCACUUCGGUCAUGGGGGCCGAGGAGCAGCGACUGGAGGCGACCCUGACAGCCCUGAAGCAACAGCUGUCUCGUCUUCGAAAGCAGGAUGUGGGCCUGAAGACUCACUUGCAGCAGCUGGACCAGCAGAUCAGUGAGCUGAAGCUGGAUGUGAGCAAGGCCUCCACGGAGCAGCUGGAGAGUGACAGCAGGCCAAGUUCAGGUUUCUAUGAGCUCAGUGAUGGCGGCUCUUGCUCCCUGUCAAACUCGUGCAAUUCAGUGUACAGCGAGAGCCUGUCAUCUUCACAAACAAGCCUUCUCCUCGCUCCCAUGAGCCCUUCUAAUUGUCACGUUAGCCCUCCACCACCACAAGUUGAUGUAUGCCGCCGACGUUCUGCUGAUGAGAGCACUACCCAGCCUAACCCUCCGCGGGGUUCAGGCCUUCAUCUGGGCAGCAGCAGGAUCCGUGCAAGCGCUACAGGCUCCGAACAGGCACGGCCAAGACCUGUGUCAACUGGUGAUCUUGACAGAAUGCUGGCUCAAGUUCCAGGCUACUACAAGUCUGCGGAUGCAAAGAAACCCCCAAUGUGUCCAAACCUUAAGACCUCCACAGGGGACCCAAAGUUUCAGCGCAACCUGGAGUCCCGCAUUGGGACUGAAAAGUACCACUAUCCCAGCCCCCUGCACGCAGUGGCUCUCCAGAGUCCCAUCUUUUCCAAUGGGGGUGAAGCAAGCAUGUAUGGACUACUAGAGGGUCAAGGACCCCCAGGAAACAAUUACAACACCCUAGAAAAGGCCUAUGAGACAAAGACACUGACACAUUACAUUGACAACCUUCUCCAGCGCAGCCUGAGCAAAAUCCAGAGUGACGCAGGAAGUCGAACUCUGGAGAAACACAGUGACUAUUGCAGGAAACCCAUUGAAGAUAAAAGUGUUUUUUCUGAAGUGGCUCAAAAAGAGGUGCUUAUGCUGCAGCCUCCUCCAACUAAGAUGACAAACAUCAUUCCAUUAGACUUCACCGAGAAGAGACACUGCAUGGCAUACUCCAGCCAAGAGCUAGUCGAUAUUGCAGACCAUAGACAGUCGGUGAGAGGCCCACAGGUGCCACAGCAGUACUCCUAUCCUGCUGCCAUAAAGGAGUACAGCUCUGAUGAGGUCACCUAUUCAUCGCUGAAGAGAAAUGAUAAACCACAAGAAAGGUAUGGCAGUGUAGCAAAGAGCCUUUCUGACAAACGAUGUGGAGAAAAUCCAGAGCCAAGGCCGCAAGAUAGGAAGGAUCACAGGCAAAGACCGGUGAUGACCCAUAGCUCUAGUGCAGAGGAAAGUCAAGGCUUUGAGGUUCAUAGCAGUCACACAGCUUCACCUGAGUUUGUCCAUGCCAAAUUUGUCCCUGCGGGAUCUCAGAAGGUCAAAGUUAGGCAGGCAGAUCGUAAAAGCAAGGCUUUGAAACUGAAAAGGAAAACCAACGAGAAGCCUCGAGCUGCGAGGCACCAAAACUUUGACUCCUUCUGUGAGAGGACCAGAGAGAUGAGCACUGGAAGAAAGGGAGACCACAGAAGAUCGGGAAAGGGGAAAGCGACCCAGAAAAAUCCCACCUGUCAAACAGAGGGAUACAGACAGGGUUCAGGCUCAGACUCCAGCCUCUACAGUCCUGGACUCAUGUCUGCCCACAAGACCCACCCAAAGUCGCAUCCCAGCCAUCUGGUUACAAAGUCCAGCAAAAGCCCCAGACUACAGUCUCUGGAGUAUGAGCAGCCUGUAGAGCAGAGGAAGAAGAGGCAGAUGACUGCCAAAUGGCCUUCUGAUGCGGACAUGUUCCUGGCCUCGUGUGGUCAGCGUCUGAGGUCAAAAGAGCUCCACGCUCUGGCACCAGGGAGCAUGCAGAUGGUCCGGAGUAUGAGUGCCAAGCCAGGCCAGUGGAUACGACCUGCACUCCCCUUCCAGUCCUCCGUGUCUUCUAGCUCUUUUCUCCACAGUCUUAAUGCCAAAUACCCUCCAGCACCCUUUCACGUUACCAGUCACUACCCUCCAAGGUGUGAGUCUGAGUAUUCAGCUGAAUGCGCCUCACUGUUUCACUCCACCAUCGCUGAAAGCAGCGAGGGAGAGAUGAGCGAUAACACCACCAACCGCUUCGGAGAUAGCGAGUCCAGCCAAAGCUUCCAAUCCUUCUCAGACUCCGACAGCAGCCUGUCCCUGUACGAGGGAGAGCAGGCAGAAAGCCACGAUGAGGAGGGAAGCAUGGUGUGGGCUGAGGCUGCGCUGGGACCCACCGCAGCUGGAAGGCCCCUCAAGCAGCUCCCACCCCGCCCCGAGCCCGCAGCCUGCCGCAUCAAAGCUUCCAGAGCCCUGAAGAAGAAGAUUCGUCGGUUCCAGCCAGCCUCCUUAAAGGUCAUGACCCUGGUGUAGAAGAGUUUCCUCCAGGCACAAUGAGAAUUCCUGGGAAAAACACAGAGAGCUUUAGCCUCCCAGAACUGUUAAGAUCUAAUGCAGUCUAUUGUAAGAAAACCCCUAAUUCAAGUUGGAUCGCAUUUGUGCACUGAGUGUGUAAUUACUAUGACAAAAAACACAGAAAAACAACAACAAUGUAUGAAUGAAAGUGUAAAAAAAUCACUGUAUGUACUGCAUGUAUAAAAAUGCAACCCUUACACUUAAUUAUUUUAAAAUACAUAUUGCUAUAAUGGAAUUUUCUCAUAGCUUGCAGCUGCAUUGAACAAUUUUAUUUCUCUGUCUUAUAACUCUCUGUACAUGAGAAAUAAAUCUUGUUUAGUUACUAUUUUACUUUCACUUGGCUGAUUGCUUAUAGUUAAUCAUCUUAUUUGAAUAAACUGAUAUUUAAUGUA